UAUAUAGCCGCGCGACAUCUCCUGCGUCCAGAGACCUUUCCUCUUCUUCCAACAUACAGUGUGUGUUGCUAUUUCUGUUCUCUUCAACCUAUUUUUGGUUUUACUCAAUCUGUGUGGCCGGUCCAGACAGUUGUUACCUUUUAAGUUAAUCGUAUAUUCUAAUAGUCUUCCUCCAUACUUUAACCACGACUUUGUUGAUCAAAGUCACCUUCAUCGUCUAACUUUUGCCUCACUACCUGACCGCCACUUCUCAAAAACAAAUACAAAAGACAGAAAUCAAUAUCAAAAAAUGUACGCUGCACGCUCUGUCAAGCCUAAGCUCUCUCUGAGCAUGUCUGCGGUGCAAAACGCACGCCCCUCGCUGUCGCUCAAGUCGCCCGUCGUGCCUCGCACGCCUGUCUCUCCCUCGCCAAUCGCCAGUCCCCAGGCAAGGAAGUUCUCGUCCUUGCAGCCUCCGGUAUAUGUCUACACCAACACGUGCGCUUCCAAGAGCAUUCUCAAGAAGAGCCAUCACGCUGGUGUCAUGGGCCCCGCCGUUGAGAAGCACAUUCAAUUCAAGGGCUCCCCGACUGUCCAUUGUGUGACGCCGAUCGAGAACAAAGACGAGUACUAUGGCUCGUAUACCAAGUUGACAAGAGAGGAACGGCGGUGGCAGGUACGCGAAUGAAGGGAAGAGACAAGCAACUAAAAAUCAUCUCUCUCUCUCUCUCUCUCUCGCCCUCAUUUCGCUCUCAAAGUGCUUUGCGCCACUCUAAGCGCGAAAUGACGCCUCCCCGUGACAGCGUCUGGCUCCGACUCAUUUUUUUGAUGAGAUACAUUUCUCACAGAGCUUCGGAUGAAGGACCAGCGUCCACCAUUUCCCUGGGAACGAUAACUGUCUUGCAGACGGUCACGAAUGACGAUGUGAUGUAUUGACGGAA